UAAAGAAAAGCCCAACACAAGCAAAACAAAAGAAAACCAAAAAACGGAAAAUAUUGUUAAAAUAAUUGUUAUAAUUUAUAAAGCAUAACUUAAGGCGUUUGUUUUUAAAAAUAACUAAAGCAUAUACUUUCAAUUCAAUACUUUUUAAUGAAGAAAAUAAUAUAAAUUAAAAAUAAAUUAAAAAUUUUUGUUCAACAAAUUUUGUGCUAUUUUUAUAAAUAAAGCUUAAGACAAACAAAAAGUAUAUGAGUUAAAAGUGUAAAUGUCAAAAUAUAAGAAGAAAGAAAUCAUAUAAUUUAUAAUAAUAAAAUAUAAACAUUUUGCACAAAAACUAAAAAAAACACGAAACACCUCCUCAUUUCGAUAAAUGUUUUGCAACAAAAAUGUAAGUGGCCCGGGACAACAAUUGUACAAUUGCAUUACGUGUCAUUUGAAAAUAAGUAGCAAAAGAAAAAAAUAAAGAAAACUGCACAACAUAUACGAAACAACAGCAACAACAAUUAUAUUUGAGGCAAAAGGAAAAAAGUUUUCAAAUAAUUGCAUGAUAAAACGUUUAACCUUUAAAACAGCUGUUCUGUAAGCUUUUUUUUAUAUUUCAACUACGUAGUAGUGAAGGUAACGUAGUCAGUCAUACCUACUAUAUGAUAUGAAACGAACAUGCUCGUGCUGCAGGUGUAAUUUCACUUGAAUUUAACUUAGCGUGAAGAAAGAAAAAAAGUAAAACCGAACAGCAAGAAAAAUAAGAAAGCAAAAACAGCAGCAACAUAAUGGAAGCAACGCCAAAAGUACAUCGUCAUCGUCAAAGACGUACCGAAUCACGUCAUAGACGCAACGAACGACAGACAACCAACACAAGUAGCACUUCAGAUAGUAAAUCACCAGCACGUACCACAACAAACACUGACAACAUAUUACAUGCCGAAGAGGGAACAUGUUCGGGCAAUGUUGUGGCUUCAGAUGCUUUAAUAGCAGCCGUCGCAACACGUUUGCUGCAAGAGCACGAACGUCAGACAUCAAAUGAAGAUACAACCGAAACACUGGGCGGUCCAAGUUCGAGUCAAACAUCGCAGUCCCAGCAAACGGUGGUACUGGUUAACGGUCAUGCUCCCCAAGAGAAUACUGGUGUAGAAAGUCAUACGCAUCAUAGUCAUACACAUAAUAGCGAAACCAAUGAAAACAACGAUCUAACAAAACCCUCAGAAGCGGAUGCUAGUGAAUUGGCCGCUACCGGUCCACCUGAUGGUCCCAGCAGUAGUCGCAACUCAUCGGGUGAUGCUAUGAGUUUACGUGAAACUUUACAACAAUUACCUCCCACCAUAACAACGCAUAGACAUAGGCGCACCCUAUCGCCCCACUCUCCCUCAAGACGCGUUCACGAAACUGCAGCAGAUGCUUCAUUUGCCCGCGGUAUAUUAGGUUUCAUGGAUCGUGAGCUAAAACAAUCCUCACCCACACCUUCGGCCCUAAGUGCCGGCAGUGGUGGUGGUGUGGGGCGUAAACAUCAAUCGCUCUCAGAUCCUACAGCUAGUCCGGCCCAAAGAUCAAUACGUUCUCGCAGUUCAUUGGAAAAGAGUCCAAGACGUAAGCGUAGUAAAUCGGAGUCUAGACGUAGGCGUGAACGUAAGCUAAUAGCGGCUGGUGAAAUGGAAGUAAGGCAGGCGAAUGAAACGCUUAUGCGUUAUCUGAAACAGUGUUCGGAAAUGAAUGAUGCUUCGCUGUCGGGUGAGCUGGAAAUCGAUCAGAGUCUAGAGGAGAGAAGAGUACAUCGAAAGACAAAAUCGCAGCGCGAUAAAAGGGGACAUAUAAUAAGUAAAUUCUAUACAGCCAGUGGUUUAACAUCGAUAUUAAAAGAGCUUUCAGAUGACAUUGUACCCGCAGAAGGAGAAGAAAUUUACAAUCCAUUCACACCGGUCGUCUCACCCACAGAUGAUACGCCCGCGCACAUUGACAAAAUGUUUAUGCAGACGUCAUCAGGAUAUCGACCAGUUGAGCACUAUAGUUAUUAUGGCAAACAUUCGUUUAUGCGUUCGGGUGGCAUGAGUGGACGAAUUGGUGGUCAUACAGCUAACAAUGGUGAUACAAAUAAUGGUUGUGCCGGAGGUGGUAAUGGUGGUGCUAGUGGUCUUCGUAGUAGUAGUGGUGCUGGCAGUGGUAAUUUACGUGAUGGUGUUAGUGGUGGUGCCGGCUUUGGUAUGCGCACGAGUGGUAGUUAUGGUGAUACUCGUUGUCUACUAGAUGGUGAAUAUUAUAGACAAGAAAUCACCACCAAUAUUCAGCUGGCCUGUGUAACUCAACGAAUUUGGUUAUUAAUUUCCAAUAUAUGCCAUGGUUUACUAGCUGGUCUAGCAUUGGCUCAUUUACUAUUUGUUUUAAGUACUCAUCCCAUGGAAUGGUCCAAAGCAUUAAGUAGUCUUGCUGGCGAGACAACACCACUGGAAACAAUACCCACAACAGUCCAAUCCACAGUUGCCACAAUAAAAGCGGAUCUUGAAACGGAUGAGGUGUUGACAGCAACGGCGGGGCCCUCAGUGAUUCAAACGGAAUAUGUUUCAUUUGCUAACUAUUAUAUAAAUACAUUCUAUUGUCUGGCCAUUAUAUGUAUGGUGUCUGUGUUAGAUCGAUACUGUGAUGCCCACUAUCCUCAAUCCUUCUUAACACACUCACGCAUGUUGACUGUAAAAUUCGUUUCGGAUGCUUCUGACUCCGCAAAAGGUUUCGAAUUCAGUUACAAAUUUAUUGAUUCUACCAAUCAAUGUGGCGGUAAAAUUCAUUCAUCUAAUGGCAAAAUACACACCCCAAAUUGGCCCUCAAAUUAUACUGGUGAUUUAGAUUGUAUUUGGGUUGUCAACACACCACCUGGUACGCAAAUGGAAUUGCAAAUAGAGAUAUUUGAUGUGGAAAUGACAAAUAAUUGUUCAAGUGAUUGGUUGGAAAUAAGAAAUGGUGGCUCUAAUCAUUCGACUUUGUUGGGACGUUUUUGUGGAAACUUAUCCAGUAUACCACACCAUAUACCUUCAUUUACUAAUCAAAUGUAUUUGCAUUUCCAUUCGAAUAGUUUUGUCAAUCGUAGAGGUUUUCAAAUACGUUGGUCUGUUUUCUCUAAUGGUUGUGGAGGUAAUUUAGAAGGAGAGCGAGGCGUUGUAACUUCACCCUACUAUCCGGAACCUUACCCCAAUAGGGCUGAAUGCGAUUGGAGAUUACAUGUACAUCCUGGCUCAGCCAUACACCUAACCAUUGUGGACCUAGAAUUGGAAAAUUACUCAAAUUGUCGUUAUGAUACCUUGUCCAUAUUUGAGGGUACUACCGAUACCAAAACCCAUUUAGCCUCCAUAUGUCAAAUGAAUGAAAACAAAGAACCCUUGGAGUAUGUGAUUAAUAAUAAUGAUGCUCUAAUAAGGCUCAAAACAGAUGAGACAAAUCGUGAGAAAGGUUUCUUGCUCACUUACCGAGCAAAUUGUACGGUAACUUUAAACAAAAAUUACGGUGUUAUAGAGAGUCCUAAUUAUGGAGUACCAUAUAAUGAGUACAACGAUGAUGUGAACUGUACUUGGACUCUGAAAGCUCCUAAGGGUAAUCGCAUACAAGCUGAGAUUACCUACUAUGAUACGGUGGAUAAAAAAUCAGUGUUGGAUAUUAGGGAUGGCGAUAACAAAACUUUUAGUGUACAAAGACAGGGACAAAGGAUUAAUUCCACCAGUGAUACUGUAGUCAUUAAACAGAGAACUAACAAAUUAAAUUUCCAAUUGGAAUAUGCCAUGGUGGGUUGCAUUGAAGUUUACCGUGCCGAUAAUGGAACAUUCCAAUCGCCCAAUUAUCCAAAACCUUACCCCAGCAAUAUGGAAUGCUUAUGGGAAAUUAGCACUCAACCAGGCAGAGGUAUUCGAGUAGAUAUAGAAGGGUUAGAUUUAGAAGAUUCUGUGAAUUGUACUAAAGAUGCCUUGGUUAUAUCACCACAUUAUCACAGUGAUAAUGUAAAGGAGCGUCAUUGUGGUAAACAUGACAAUUUGAUCAUUAGUUCGGCCAGUCAUAAAUUAUAUGUUAGAUUCUAUAGUGAUGGUCAAGGUAAUGGUAAAGGUUUCAAAGUUACCUACACCACUCAGAAAGCCACAAAUUUAACUUCCCCUUUCUAA